UUCCCGCCACUUGUAUAAAAACAACCUUUCUCCGUCACUAGUCGUCUCGGAUCCCUAACCGCAAUGGAGGUUACGACGGAGCCGCCGAAGACGCAGAUCGAUGAAGCAUCAUCUCAUCGCAAACUCUCGUUUUCCACUCCCAUCGCCGGCGAUCCGAGCUCCGAGAAGCUCCCCUUCUUCCGCCACCGCUCGCGGCAGAUCAAGCGCGACACGUGGCUCGUCUCCGUCUUCGUGCUUCUCCAGAUCGUCGCCUUCGCGGUGACUAUGGGAGUCAACGACUGCUCCAGAAACUCUAACGAUCACUGCGCCGCCAGAUUACUCGGCCGAUUCUCCUUCCAGCCUCUCUCCGAGAAUCCUAUGCUCGGCCCCUCCGCUUCUACCUUUGAACACAUGGGAGGUCUUUACUGGAAUGCUCUGGUUGAGAAACAUGAGAUUUGGCGUGUGCUGACGUCUCCCUGGCUGCACAGCGGCUUGUUUCAUCUUUUGCUAAAUCUUGGGAGUUUGAUUUUCGUUGGGAUAUUCAUGGAGCAGCGAUAUGGACCAUUGAGGAUUGCAGUGAUAUACUUCCUCUCUGGCAUUGUGGGAAGUCUCUUCGCUGUGUUGUUUGUUCGAAACAUCCCAUCAAUCUGUUCCGGUGCUGCUUUCUUUGGAUUGAUUGGAGCUAUGCUUUCUGCACUUGCAAGGAACUGGAAUCUAUAUACCUCCAAGGUUUCAGCAUUAGUGAUAAUAAUCACCAUCUCCACAGUCAAUUUCGUGAUUGGCUUUCUUCCUUACAUAGACAACUUUGCGAAUAUUGGUGGUUUCAUAUCAGGAUUCCUUCUUGGACUUGUGCUGUUAUUCACCCCACAGCUGAGACAGGACCCUCCUCCACCUCACAAGGGAAAACUGUUUGAAGAUGAUAUGAGAAGCUCCACAAGGCUUAAAGAAAUGUUUGACAGGCCGGUGUUAAGGAUUGUGUGUCUGGUCUUGUUCUGUGGAAUACUUGCUGGUGUUCUAAUAGCAGCCUGCUGGGGCGUUAAUCUCAACCACUACUGCAAUUGGUGUCGCUAUGUUGACUGUGUUCCAACCAGGAAAUGGAGCUGCAGCGACAUGACUACUUCCUGCGAGGCAAUGGUGAGUGAUGCUCAGCUAACACUAACGUGUAUGGCCAAUGGAAAGUUCCGGAUAUUCCCUUACACCAACAUAUCACAAGCCAGGACACAAGACCUCUGCACGCUCGUCUGCACUUAAACAUGACCAGGUUCUAACUCCUUUGUACUCCCUCCCAUACUUUGACAAUUGCACAUAAUACCACCAAAACUCUCAUUGUAUAAUAUCCUUAGUCAAGUAUCAGCACUUUUGUGGCAUAGCCUUAAUGGAUAAGAAGGUAGGACUUGUAAACGAAACGAUUGCAUUGGUUCUUGUUGAUACUAUGAAUCUGAAUACUAAAGGUCUACCAAGUUAGGUCCCAUAGGAGGACCCAGUAGCCGCAUUAGUGGCUUACAUAAACUUGACACAAUCCACAUCAUAUCUACGCACACAUGACACACCAGAAUGUAUAAGUAUUCAGCUUCUUUUUUACUUAAAUGUAUAACUUUUUGUUUAUAUGCUUUAAGAGGAAGAGUGAUGAUGGUGAUAAAUAGGUGUGGCUUUGUGGGUCUAGUAGAAUGAGAAGAAAAGGGCCGACCUUGACACAGGUAGAGAGAGAUAUAGAGAUAGGGCCACUAAAAUUUAUUUUUGAAAGAAAAAAAGUAGAAUUGAGAAUGUUACACAUCAUAUUAAAAUGCAGACAUAAUAGCUGAACAAGCCCAUACUGUGGUCCUGAUUCUCAUUAACCUCUCAACUGCCUACUUCUCUCUCUCUUGGUUUAAUUACUCCCAUCCUCGAACACCGUUUGUAACUAUA